AGGAGGAAAGGCCGAAGUUCACUUGUUAUCAUACGCAUGGGAUAGACUUCAACAAAGAUGCUGCAGGAACACACCCAAACUGUGGUCACUGCAUCUAUGAAGAGACGUUUGAAGAAGGUAGGCGAGUCGCCGUCUCCCGUAUUUGUGUGGGAAUACAAUGCGUCUCUUCCGAGCACGUGUUUGAUG